UCCAUACCAUACCUCAACCUCAUACAAAAUUGCUUUUUUACCUUCUAUACUUUUCGAGCUAGCUACUUUUACGUACUCAGAUCUUGUCUACUGUAUAGAGUACUAUAGUGUUUAGUAUUCAAGCUUUGCCUUAUUCAAUCCAUCCGGUGUGAGCUAGUGCAAUAUGGGUGCCAAGUUAGCCACCUUCAGAGACGAUGACAUGUCUGGAAUGUUGGCUUGUACCUGUCUCAACAGAACAGAGAUUUACCACACUUUCAAACACUUCUCAGCGCUGUACGAACUCUACACACCCAGUGAAGGGGAACAGAGGAGCUCAAUCAUCGACAAUGGCUACAUCAAUCCUGAAGUCACUCUGCCCGUACAACACAUCCUUGACAAUCUACCUCAAAUGAAGACGAACCCCCUGAGUGCGAGGAUUUUGAAGGUGUUUACGUUUGGUUCAGAGAAAGAAGGUUUCAUGAACUUUCUAGAGUUCCUUGAGAUGAUAUCGGUAUUCAACCCAAAGACUUCCAUUCAAGUGAGAACCGUGUACGCCUUCCGAGUGUAUGAUCUGGACGGUGAUGGCAUUAUCAGUCGCAGUGACUUGGAUACAUUACUGGACCUCCUCACCUCUACCAGCAACGUGGAGGAGGAGGACGGACCAGAAGAUGAGAUGUGGACACAAACUAAGCAAGUCACAAUCGAUGGUGUGUUCAAAGAGGUCAAUAAAGAGGUCAAAGCUGAUGGUCUUAGUAGCGAGGAUUUUAGUUUCGCUCUGAGCAGAUCCCCGGACUUUAUCAGCACUUUCAGUUUCAGACUGUGAGAUAACAACUCAACAAUCAAACAAUCAAUUUGUACUGUUUUUACUUCAUUCGAACUGUCGACUCAUUUUUAUACCUGAACUUUUAUUGUGAUCUUUAUAAUAAAUGACAUUCAUUGCUGUGUAAUUUGA